AUGACAUCAUUACGGUACAAUUCAGCUUCGCUUUUCGGGGUCAAAGACAUUGUCGCAGUCGUCACUGGCGGUGGUUCUGGUCUUGGUGCCAUUACCACACAUGCGCUGGUAGCCAAUGGUGCCAAGGCAGUGUACGUGCUUGGCCGACGGGGAGCGGCUCUGCUCAGAACGAGGAAGAAUGCAUGCAAUCCAGACGCUGUCCACACCAUUGUCUGCGACGUCACUUCCAAGGACAAUCUGAGGGCCGCAGCUCGCCUGGUACGUGAGCAAGUCGGCUACAUCAACGUGCUCUAUGCCAGCAGUGGCGUGAUCGAGGCGGCCACGGCCCCUCCUGACGGCAGUGACGAUAUCAAGAGCCUCCAGCAGAAACUAUGGAAGCCCGCCGUGGAGGACUUUACGACAACGUUGCAUGUGAAUGUGACGGGCACAUUCUACACAGCCAUUGCCUUCCUCGACCUGUUGGACGAGGGGAACAAGCGGGCGGCGGUGGUGGCACAAAAGUCUCAGAUUGUCCUGACCUCGUCGGUCUCCAGCUUCGCUCGGCUGCCCUUUGCUGGCUUUUCCUACAGCACAAGCAAAGCGGCCGUUACUCAGCUGGGCAAGAUGCUGUCUACAGCGUUAGCGCCGUAUAAAAUUCGGGUCAAUACGAUUUCUCCAGGCCUCUUCCCCAGCGAGAUGACCCAAAACAUGACGUUUAUGCAGACCGAAGGGGACCCAAGGGAAGAGGGCGCAGUGAGCCCGAGCCUAGUGCCGCUGGAAAGAAUCGGAACCGAGGAGGAAUUUGCGGGAGUCGCAGUCUUCUUGGCCAGCAAAGCAGGGGGUUACCUUGACGGGGCCAUGAUUCUUCUUGACGGCGGCAGAGUAGGCGUCAUGCCCAGUACCUACUGA